UAUCUCGAAUACAGAAAGGAAAUUUACAAACUUCAUUCCAUUUGUCUAGGUUGCGUUUAUGGGAAAGGAUAUCAAUACACCGGCAAAGCUAAUGUAACAUCAUCAGGAAAUGAAUGUCUUCCGUGGGCCGACGAAAGAAUAGCACAUCAAUUGCGCAUAACUGUUGUUAAUCAAGAAAUUCGAGACAAACUGGAAAUGCAUAACUAUUGCAGAAAUCCGAAUCCAAUAAAGGAGUUGAGACCGUGGUGCUUUGUAGAAACUGGAAAGCGUGAAUAUUGUGAUAUUCCUGCCUGUGGAAAUAUUGAUUCAAAACGAUCUAUGUUGACUGGUCAGUGCAAACCUAAACAUUUUGAAUGUAUACCAGGAGAGUGCAUCCCAUCUCCAUGGGUUUGUGAUGGGGAGGAGGCUCAAAAUUUGGCUCAAAGGACAGAAAUUUUCAGCGAACGAGGAGGUCAUCGCAUCCGUAGACGCCUAUUUUGCAAAGCAAGACGCUCAGUAUUAUUUGAAUGA